ACUCUCUUCUCUCCCUACAGUAACCAUGUCCUAACGGAGGACAUCAUCUUCAGGGAUGUAACACCCGGCAACCGUCUGGUCUCUAGGCGACUGCUGACCAAAACUAACCGCGCCCCUCGCUGGAUGGAGAAGUACCUGCCGGUUACCAUGGCCAGGCACGCCUACAUCAUCGAGGAUUCCAUUGUGGACCCCCAGAACAGAACCAUGACAACGCUGACUUGGAACAUCAGCCACGCACGAAUGAUGUCUGUGGAGGAGCGUUGUGAGUACAGAAUUAACCCUGACAACACCAGCUGGACGGAGAUUAACAGAGAGGCCUGGAUCUCGUCUAACCUCUACGGGCUCUCCAGAGCUAUACAGGUGUGUGUUUGGAGGGGGGGGGGGGGUUUAAGG